UCCUGUCAACAAUGCUUUGACAUUUCUAUAAACGUCAGUAAACCGCUUAGAUAGAAGCAAAGUUUGUUGAUUUAUUGUAUCAAAUUAAAUAAAAAAUGGGUAGAUCGCGAAGUAGGAGCCCUAAAAAACACCACAAAAGUAAACAUCACAAACGUAGCCGCUCAAAAGAUCGUUCGGAACGUAGUUCGAGUUCUCACAGUAAAACUUAUAAAGAAAAAUCAAAAGAACGGAGUUCAAAAUCAAGAAAACGUUCGAAUUCGUGUUCGUCGUACUCUAGUACCGAUGGUUCAACAGAAAAUUCUCGUGUAGAAAGAUAUAAACACAAAAAGUCCAAGUCUGUUCGAAAAAUGGAUGAAGUUGAACGUUUGGCGGAAAUGGAACGACAAAGAAGACAACGUGAAGCUGAACAACGAAUGGUAGAAGAAGAAACGGCUAAAAGAAUAGAAGAAUUAGUUAAUAAACGUGUUGAGGAUGAAUUAGAGAAAAGAAAAGAUGAAAUUGAGAGGGAAGUGAGUAAACGUGUUGAAGAAGCAAAGAAAAUUAUGGAAAGACAGAUGAUGGAAGAGAUGGAAAGACGUCGGGAGAGACAGUUACUUGAAGAAAAAAAUAGAGAGGAAGAGGAGAGGCGGAAGCGUGAAGAAUUGGAACAUAUCAUGGCGGAGAAUAACAGAAAAAUUGAGGAGGCACAAAGAAAAUUGGCGGAAGAAAGACUGGCUAUGGUUGAAGAACAACGUAAAAUGGAAGAAGAAAAACAAAAAUUACGAAAAGAGCAGGAAAAACGUGUUAAAGAGGAACAGAAAAGGAUUUUGGGGAAGAAUAAUUCAAGACCCAAAUUAUCAUUUUCAUUGAAACCUGUUCUUUAGCAGUUUUUCAGUUUUUUAUAAAUUGAUUUUUGUGAUAAGAGUGACGGUUUUGAUUUGACGCGCGAUUCGCGAGUGCUCAGAUUUUAAUUCUUUUCUUUUGUAACUUUGAUUAUGAUUUAAAAGUAAUAUUUACUUAGG